AUGAUUUAUUCAAAAUGCUGGGCGCAACUUGGCAAUCUACAAGCCCACAUUCUACUGGAAAAAUAUCUCCGGAUGGAGAAGAGUCAUCUGAAGGCAAGCGCUGCUGUCGCUGAUCUGAAUGCCCAGGGACAGAGAAACUCCACACUUCCAUGGUUCUGGUCUCUCGAUGUACAAGGUGAUUCGAUUAGCAACGAUUGGAUGAAUGAAUUCUAUAGGGUCCACUGGCUUCGGGCCAAGGCUUUGCACGACCGGUGGUUGGAAGAGCAGUUGCUCGUAGAACAUGAAAUGGGUUGGACCUUACAAUUUUUCCUCUACAAGGCAAGUAUGUGGUUGUCACAUAUUACUCACAAUGGCGAUCCACUGCCGGAAGGGCACAAAUGUUACGCAAUUCGGCAGGCUCACAUGUACCACAAAUUGGCCAAACAUGCACGUACAACCUUUCUCAAGGCAAAUCCAAUGCUCAAGAUCAUUGUUUAA